UUUACUCAGAAAAAGUGCAGCGGAAGUCAAUUUUCUGCAUUUAAGUGUUCUGAUACAACAAUCUGCAGACAUUCUCGGGACUGAGUGGAAAGACAACGCUCAGCGCCGACUGUCACGAUGACGACCGGACUGACUGCCAUCGUGCUUCUCGGCGCACUGUCUCGGAUUCAAGCGCUGCAGCCGGUGUCUUUCGUCACAGUGGAAGUCGGUGCUAACGUCACUUUCACAUGCCCACACUCCGAGAAUAUGGGAGACAUAUUUUACUGGUACAAGAUGAAGUUCGGUUCUAUAAUCGAAACGAUCGUGGAGGGAUACUUUGGGGAACUAUCCCUUCGAGGUCACUUUAAGAACGUCCGAUUCAGAAGUGCCCGCGUGGGUCACACUUACUUUUUAAACAUCUCCAGCGUGAACAAAGAAGACGAAGCGACUUACACUUGCCAAGCUGGGACCUCAUACAAUAUGCGCUUCAUUCACAGCAUGCAUUUGCUCGUGAAAGAUCCCACACACAAGUCCUUACACGUGAAGCAAAUUCCACAAGCCAAGUCCGUCGAGGCGGGCCAAUCGGUCUUGCUCCAGUGUUCGAUUCUCUCCGGGAGGAGGCACAAUGUCAGCCGGUGUCCGGAUAAUCGAAACGUGUACUGGUUCAAAUCUGGAUUGGGAGACUCGUCCCCGCACAUCAUUUACACCAAUGGAGAUGAUGAGAAGGCCAGAGGGAGCUGCGUUUACCAUCUGUCCAAACUCAUACAGAACUCAUCGGAUAGCGGGACAUACUAUUGUGCUGUGGCAACAUGCGGGGAGAUCCUGUUUGGCCAAGGAACUCAUGUGGAGACACGACAAAAUGUGAAACCAGUUGGCAUCGUGCUCGGCGCUCUGCUGACCUCCGCCGUGAUUGUGGUCGCUGUUGUCUCGGUCUAGUUUCCAUGGAUUUUUUUUUUUCCUCGAGUAAAAGUUUGGAAAUUGUAACAGAACAUUCAUUAUCCUCAUUCAGCUUCAAUUUGUUUUCUUCGUGUGGGUUUUGGUACAUGGUUUUGGAAGCGUGACAAAUCUCCGCCCAAAUCUCUUAACAUCAGCAGCAGAAUGCAGAUCGAAUUUGACCACACGUUUAACAUAUUCUUGUUGAAUUCUGCUGAUAGUGUGGUUGUUUUUAGGCAAGAUUUUGGUCUGUAGCUGGAGCAUACUGUAUAUGCAAUAAUAAAUGCAUGCUAUUAAAUAUUAUUACAAUACAA